AUGAUAACAGUCGAGUUGUUAAAGACAAAUCAUACAGUUGUUUUUAUCGGUCAUUUAUUUAGUAUCAUUCAAACAAUUGCUCUCUUUUUAAUUCCUAAAGGUCUUUGGAAUGAAUUACAACCAUCAUUGGUGGAAAUUGUAAAUCGCGAAGAAGAGGAAGAAAAAGAAGAGGAAGGAUCACCAUCACCAUCACAAUUAAAAGUAAAUACAUUAUCAUUACUAUCAUUGUUGUCAAAGUAUGACUCUAAAAAGGCAAAACUAGAAACGUUGGUCAAUGAGAUAAGCUCUGGUGUAUUGUCUGAUGAUCAGUAUCGAUCAUUAUUUCCCGAUCUAUUGUCAAUGCUUCCAAUCAUCGAAAAGACUGAAGGAGAAUAUUUUAAAAAGAUUGUGGUCGCUCUAAACAAAUAUCUAUACAAACGAGAAUCCAAAUUGGAUGCAAGAAUUCAUUUUACCAAUCAUUAA